CUCGUGCCGUGACCGUGAACACCACAAAAGGGAUCAAGAACCAAGGAAGGCUGUCAUUCCACCCAGCACAGCUCUAGUUUGGGGAUGGCAUGAACUCCUUAUUGUUGAAACUGCGAAUCGCAUUUUGAAAUCACUGCGACCUUCUGGGUAUCAGCCUCUGCUGAACGCUGGUCACCCAAGGACCACUUAUGCGACCUUUUUCUCUAGAUGCAAAAGCCCGCUCAUAUUAGUCACACUGCGUCGUCAGCGCGAACCAGCCCUACAAUAAUCUUGAUACAGCUCCCUGUUUACCUUCCCGGUUGAUCUUGAUGAGGUUCUCCGGAUGCGCGACAAUACGCUCAGUCUCGUGGAAAAGCGCGAAGGAUUCCGCUCAGCGUUUCAAGUCGGGUAUCAUUCCCAGCGCCAAACACUUAACCAAGAUUUGAUUCGUUUGCUUCUGACGAUUUCAAGCUGAGCGGCUCGGAUCUCAGGGUAGGAAACACGCACAGAUAGCCAAGAGCGUUUACACGUUGUUUAGCAUUUCGACCACGAUUUCUGAACGCACCUGCCAAAACAUGCGUCUAUAAUCACAUUCGAGGGAAGGAUUCAGGAAGAAUCACCGAAGAGAUUUCCACAUGUGGCUUAUUGGCUUUAUUUCGAUACGCUACAUUCUCAAACUCGAACCUUGUUAGGAGGCAAUCCUUCGCUUCAUAGUUCCAGCCCCGUUUUUCAAGUGAUGAGUAUAUAAUGUACAAUAGGAACGGCACAAGUUGAUAUUGACAGCUCUCCUUUCCAUUGGCUUCAUCAAAUUUUUAGUCUGCAAGAAAUCAUGUCGUUUCCCUUCAACCCCCAUAAAGCAGCUGGAGCACUUCGCUCCUUGACUUCUCAAUCGUUUUCUGAACAAGAUACACUCGAAGGUCUGUUAGGGGCUGACACGAACGAACUGCUUAAUCUUGUCGAUCAACUUCGGCGGAAAGGCAUCCAUGAAGAAGUCCCACUUCCGCAGAUCAUAGUGGUUGGAGACCAGUCGAGUGGCAAAAGUUCAGUCCUGGAGGCUCUAUCACACCUUCAAUUCCCCCGUGGUGCAACUCUAUGUACCACGUUCGCCACCAAGCUAGCUCUACGGAAAAAGCAGACCACAAGCGUGCACGUUCAUAUCGUACCUGAUAAGUUUCGACCUGAGGCUGAGAGACAGCAACUCAAAUCCUGGGAGCCUGAUUCCACCGAAUUGAGCGAAUUUCAAAGUAUCGUUACGUCGGCAGGUAAACACAUCAGAAACUUCGGCCACGCCCAGAAAGACUCGUACUCAAACGAUGUUCUUCAUAUUGAAGUUUCUGGGCCUCGGUAUCCCCAGCUGACGCUAGUCGACCUACCAGGACUUACAAGACGCCCUAAUGAAAAUCAGAGUCCCGAUGACCCAGGAAAAUGCCGCGAGAUAGUUGAAAGCUACAUAGCCGACCCAAGCACAAUAAUCCUAGCUAUUGUCGACGCAUCUAUAGAGUUGGUUCGUCAGGACCCGUUCAACCUCAUCAAGAAGUAUGACGAAAACGGCAAUCGUACAAUCGGCGUUAUCACCAAACCCGACCGCGCAUCUCCAAGCAUCGUUGAAGACUAUAUGGACUAUGCGAGAAACACGAAGCUUCCUCUUAAGUACGGGUGGCAUGUACUUAGAAAUCGUGAUGAGGAGUCUGAGGACUGGUCAUCAGAGCAACGUGAUAUUGCCGAAGCCUCCUUUUUUAGGACCAGCAGGUGGGGUGCGUUGGAAGCUACACAGUUGGGUGCCAAUUCCUUGAGAACAGCAUUGAGUCAACACCUGGAACAAAAAAUUCGGGAUAUUCUGCCUACGAUGAUCCCGAAAAUCCAGAGCACUUUAAAAAGCCUGAAGACGCAGCGGGAUGUACUUGGUCCUCCUAGGACCUCAGUUGAUGAACAAAGACGUCAUCUCAACAGAAUUGCUGACGAUUUCACAAGCUAUAUUAGGCGAGGAAUGGAAGGCAGGGCCGAUCCGGAGCUCAAGCUCAUAGAAUACACUGGCUUCUCCACGCUUCGUUCCAACAUCAAUUCUCUGAACAAUUAUUUUAUAAACGAACUCCGAAGUCAACCAUUCAGUAGCAUGGUUCUAGGCCCUCCAGAAAAUGUUUCAGAUCCACUUUCCGCAGUUAGGGACUUUACAAUUUCUGAUGAAACAUUUCAAGAAGUGAAGCUGAUUCACCAAAUCAAUCAGCCUAUCGGUUCUCAACGUGGAGUUGUAGACAGGAAUAUCUUGUCAUCUGUGCUUCUUCAACGCGUGAUUAAUUCAGGUGAAGGUUCGUGGAAGGACAUUGCCGAAAAGCAUAUCCAAAAUGUUUGUGAAGCUGUGGCGAAACAUGUGCGGGCGAUCGUGGAUUAUACCGCAGGAAACGAAACAGCAACGAACUUACAGCUUUACCACAUAGACGAUGAACUUGCCAAGAAGAAUGAGCUUCUUCAGGAAAAGCUCUCGGAGCUGUUGAAGCCAAUACAACAGAACUGGGGGUCUUCUACUUUAAACCUCUUGUGGGACGCCCCACAUCGAAGCUUGAAGUCUAGUGUAGCAAGGGCGAACGUGGGAAAGUCUUCAGGUGACGUGGAAAGUGACUAUGAACUAGCAAUAAGGGAGACAGCAUUACACUACGUGAUUAUGCUCGGCAGCUUUUUGGACAAUGUUAGCCUCCUCGUUGUCGAAAUGAACAUGAUUCAAGAUCUUCCAAAUCUCUUCAAUGCUAGUGGAGUUGCCAAAAUGAGCAAGGAAAAGCUACACAUCCUUGCUGCGGAACCGGGCGUCCAACAGCAUCGACGCAAUCAACUGGACAGUAAGAUUGACGACCUUGAGCAGUCCAUCAAGCUAUGCCGCGAAUAUGCGCUCGGUGCUUACAAGACAGCCUCGAAAAGGUCGGCAGAUGCUAAACUGGGAGGAUACGUUCACGAUUAUCGCUUCCGUGCAAGUCCCCUUCCACUGGACUCUGAUGAAGUGACCCUCUCACCGCAACCUAUUCAGUCAAAUUUAACUUCUUCGGAGGCCAAAUUAGCAGUGGAGCAUGGAACCAAAGACUCCGUCAAAACAUCUCUGAGAGGCAUUGUGUCGACAGACAACAAGGAUGACUGUCAUUCCUCAUCAUCUGACACCUCAAAUUUAUCGUCAAGUAACAUAGUUUAGUCCACAACUCAAGGCGUUCAUUGUCAGAACAACAAAGAAAUUUGAUGUGAAUUAGUUGUCGA